UGCUGGCCAGUGACUUGUUGAAGGGUAGCGGGAAGUGAAAGCUAAGAAUGUAUGAGUAGUAAAGAGCUCCAGCAGGUGAGGUGGUGAUGUCUAGGUCACUGAGUCAUCGUGGGGGUCGUGGACACACCAGUGAUUCCCGAAGUGGAGCCCUGGUCAUUGACCUUUGAAAGUUGCAAAGACUAUUAAGAUGUCACUGGUUAGUGUUGGGUGAGCCUGGUUAAAUGGAGAUAUCCUAAGGAAAACAAGAGCAGAGUUGCUUAUUAUGUUCAGAGGGAAGGGCCAGAGGCCUGUAAUAAUGUUGCUGGGGACCUUAUGUGAAGGCUCCGAAGCCUGAAGGAGAAGCCUGAAAUCUGUCCUCCAAGAGCCCCGGUCUGUGAUAGAGAGGAGUGACUUAGAGCCUCAAUUGCAGCCCAGUUGGGGACUAAUAAAGUUAUUAGACAAGGUAGAGAAAUGGAUAUAACUAUCUCUUGGUGGAGAGAGACUCUAAGGUGGGAUAAAAUUGGUGCAAAGUCAGACUUUGGUUAAGACAAACAUGGAUAGAUCAUUGGCAGUGACUUUAGUGGGAAAAUGGUUGCGUGGCUAUGUCGAGUUAAUUUUGAUCAAUGGUGUGUGAUGGAGUAUUUGAUAGCAUUUGAUAUAUUGAAGAUUGUGUCUUCAUUCUUGGGCCAGAGAUUUGGACUCUUGUGCACUGAGCACAAAGUGAUGGAUCAGAAUUAGCAGGACUGAAUGUGGGACUAGCUGGUAUCACUCCACUUUGAUCUAAAAAUUCCCUUCCAUUUGGGAGGCAGAGAUCAUUCUUGGAAAGUUCCUCUGUGUCCCAAUGUAGAAGAGAGAGCAAAUUGGACAUCUUGAAAGGUGAGGGUCACCUUUGGGAAAGGGGUUCCUGAACUCCUCAAACUCCUCACCUCCAGGAUGAGCACUGCAGUAUCGUGACCCUUGGGGUUUUGUGUGCCCUGGAGAUGCGAGAUUUUCCUUUGGCAGCAGGAGGCACGCACCCAGAGAAUGCUGGAGCCGCAAGGGGAAAGGACCCACUUCCACAGCAGAGGAAAACAAAGAGGAAAAAGGCAUUCAGGUGGCCAGCACUAAGGGACGCACCCAGCAAGCAGUGGGCCGCUGCCACUGCCCUCAGCAGCUGUUUCUGCUGCAGCCCGAGAGGAACUCGGUGA